CUAUUUUAUGAAAAUUCGCUAUUUCGAGUAAGUAAAACUUUACUCAGCAGAAAGAACUAUUGUGAAAUCUACCAGCAGAUUGGCCAAUCUGAUAAGUGAUAAGACCGAUAAAUAAAUUAAUAACAGUGUAGUGAGUCAUUCGAUAAUUUUUAUAGUCUGAAUAAAAUCGUUGACAUCGCUAAAUAGUGAGGUACCUACCUACGACGAAUUAUUAUUUGUGUUAUUAUAUGUGUAAAAGACGCGAGAAAUUAAAUCUGUUUUACAAAAAAAAAAAUUACGUAUGAAUAUUACGCCAUAAGUUGCAAUGACUUCAGAAGAAAAAAUCGCAGAUUAUGAAGUGUUCAUCACCACGAUGCACAUAAAUUUAGGAUGGUCCCCUUUACAUUGCAUGAUUGAGAAAAAAAAAAGUUCGCUUGCCCAAACUCUAAUAAAUCAAAAUGUGGACAUAAACUCCUUGGACAAAUUCCGUCGCUCUCCUCUAUCUAUCGCCAGCGCUAAGAACAAUAACUCCCUAGUUGAAAUUUUACUAUCAUCUGGUGCAAAAGUCAAUCGCGGAUUUCCUCUUCACUACGCGUGUGAAAAAAACCACGUAAAAAUUGCGCAAACUCUUAUUGAAAACGGCGCCGAUUUAAAUUUAGAACGCGACAGUAAUUACCCACUUCUGAUAGCGAUAAACAAGGGACACAUCGAAACGGCAAUUUUUUUAUUACAAAACGGAGCUGAUGUUCAUAUUGUUGAUAAACACAAAGAAACGGCCCUUCAUUGGGCUUGCGACCGGGGCUUGGAACUUUUAAUCCAACCCUUGAUCAACAAUGGAUGUGAUAUAGAUGCCAAAGAUCGCUCUGAAAUGACCCCUUUAAACAUAUGUUUAGUUCGUCAAGAAAACCGACCAGAUUUGGUCAAACUCUUGAUCAAAAACGGAGCUUUAAUUAGUUUAAGGGACAGUACAGGUUGCACUUACUUGCACUCUUGUUUCAAUCAAGAUUCACUGACCGAGUUUUUAAAACAUGGACUUGACCCGAAUUUACAAGAUGUGAAUAACGAAACACCACUUUAUUCACAUUCAAGGUUUACAAAACAUGAUUAUUGUAAUAUUUUGCUUGAGUAUGGUGCUGAUCCAAACAUUGCGCGAAAAGGGGGCUGGACUCCACUACAUGUAGCAGCAAGUGAGGGUUAUUUAGACUACGUCAAAGAAUUAAUCAAACACAAAGCGAGUGUUAACGCAGCUAGUGCUCAAAAUAUCACUCCCUUACACCUAGCUGCAAAAUUUGGACAUCUUGAAAUUGUGAAGGAGUUAAUCAAAGUGGGGGCUUUUAUUGACAUUCCGAUCAUAGAUUUGUGUGAUGUUAACUCGUCCCUGCCGCAUUUUGUGGACUCUGAGUGGGUGAUUGAGGGUCAAUCUCCGUUUGAUUUGGCUACAAAAUUCGAAAACUUCGAAAUUUGUGAUUUUCUUAUUGCAACCAGAAAAAAUACGUCUGGGAGUAGUUUGAUGGGGUGGACUCUUUUGCACCACUCUGUGUGGAGUGGAUUCGUCGAUUUGCCCAAUUCUGCUGUUGUUAACGUUUGUGAUAAAUUUGGCCGAACUCCUUUAUCGUUAGCUGCAGCUAAGAAUAAUUCAGAUAUAGUCAAAAAAUUGCACAAGGCAGGUGGUGAUGUGGAUUUAGGACUGCCUUUACAUUUUGCGGUCCGUAGCGAGGCCUUAGAUUGUGUUUCCCUACUUUUGGAUUUGAAAUGUGAUGUUAACAAGACUUCUAAUCACGAAUUUGAAAAUACACCGCUCCUGGACGCGAUUUAUGAAUCGAAAAUUAACUCAGCGAUGGCUUUAAUUCGUCACAAGAUUGACGUAAAUUGUACUAACAAAUGGGGCGAAACGCCACUUGAACUUGCUUGCAGAUACACCAAUUUAGAUUUGGCUAAAGAACUGUUAAACUGUGGAGCCUGCGUUAACUCGACCAAUUUUUGUAAAGAAACGCCUCUAAACGUGGCAGCUCUGUUCAAAAACAUCGACAUUUUGAGUUUACUUAUUGGCAGUAACAGUGAUGUUAAUUUUCGAGAUCAUUUUGAUUGUACACCUUUACAUAGUGCAGUUGGAGAAAAUUUCGAAGCUGGAGUUUUGAAACUUGUAAAAGCGGGGGCUGCGGUAAAUGUUUGCAAUGACGAUUUUGAAACUCCCCUAAUCCUAGCUGUUGAUAACGCGAAUUUAAACGUGACUAAAAUUUUGAUUGACCACAACAGUGAUGUUAAUUUUCAAACACCGGAAGGUUGGAGUGCCCUUCAUACAAGUGUCUACUGUGGAAAUUUAAACUGCGUGAAAGAGUUGUUAAAAAGUGGGGCCGAAGUUAAUGUUGCAAGUAGUGAAAAUGUGCUUCCGAUUUAUUUAGCUGCUAUUAAGGGGUGGGACAGUGUGGUUGAAGAGUUGUUGGAUAGGGGGAGUUUGUUGGAUCCUUAUAUUUUCGAAUAUGGUGUUUUUAGAGACGACACUGGGAGUUUUUCCAAGUUUGAAACGUAUCACAUUGUGGCCGGGAAUACGCCUCUGCUUGGGGGUUGUGCUAAGGGGCACUUGGGUGUAGUUAAAUUGUUAGAGUCACGUGGGGCGUCUUUAAACUGUGUUAAUAGUUGGGGGAAUAAUGUAUUGCAUGAAGCGGUUUUGAGCCAAAGUGUGGAAGUUGUGGAGUUUUUAUUGGGAUUAAAUGCCGAUUUUAACGUAGGGAAUAAAAGUGGGAAGACGCCUCUAGAUUUGGCCAAAGAAAUAAAUACUGAAACUAUUAUUAAUUUAAUUAUUAAUAAACCAAUUUAAUUGUUAUUGAAUGAACGAAUAAAUAUUUUUUGUCGA